GGGGGGCGAUCCGGUCUGGUUGUCAUGGCGACGGUGCGGCUGGCCUGGGCCCUGUGGGCCGCGCCUGCGGGCGGGAGGCUCCGGGGCCCCCGAGGCACCGGGAGCGCCCGGAGGCUGAGCUGCGGCGCACGGCGGCAGGCGACCAGGGGUACCAGCCCGGGACGCCGGCUCAGUACAGCUUGGGGGCCGGCCCAGCUAGCCCAAGAGGAGGCCGAGGGAGCCAAGGACGACGUCCAUCCGUCUGCAGCAGAGGAGCCGUUGUGGACGCCGCCCCCCGCGCCUCCGGUGCCCCCCGAUUCCCCGGGGCCCCCCGCCGGCCGCUCGCCGCUGCAGCGAGACAUCCAGACCUUCCUGAACCAGUGUGGGGCCAGUCCCGGGGAGGCGCGCCACUGGCUCACACAGUUCCAGGCCUGCCAUCACUCCGCCGACAGGCCCUUCGCCGUCAUCGAGGUGGAGGAGGAGGUGGUCAAGUGCCCGAAGGCCGUAUCCAGCCUGGCCUUCGCCCUGGCGUUCCUGCAGCGCAUGGACAUGAAGCCGUUGGUGGUCUUAGGGCUGCCUGCUCCCACGGCGCCCUCGGGCUGUCUUUCCUUCUGGGAGGCCAAGGCACAGCUCGCCCAGAGAUGCAAGGUGUUGGUGGACGCCCUGCGGCACAAUGCGGCCGCCGCCGUGCCUUUUUUUGGCGGUGGGUCUGUGCUGAGCGCUGCUGAGCCAGCCCCUCACGCCAGCUACGGCGGCAUCGUCUCCGUGGAGACCGAUCUGCUCCAGUGGUGCCUGGAGUCCGGAAGCAUCCCCAUCCUGUGUCCCAUUGGGGAGACCGCCGCGCGCCGCUCGGUGCUCCUGGACUCGCUGGAGGUGACCGCGUCUCUGGCUAAGGCGCUGCGGCCCACCAAAAUCAUCUUCCUCAACACCACAGGCGGCCUGCACGACGGCAGUCAAAAGGUCCUGAGUAACGUGAACCUGCCCGCCGACCUGGACCUGGUGACCAAUGCCGACUGGGUGGGCACUAAAGAACGCCAGCAGAUUCGGCUCAUCGUGGACAUACUCAGUCGCCUGCCCCAUCACUCCUCCGCCGUCAUCACCGCCGCCAGCAUGUUGCUCACAGAGCUCUUCAGCAACAAGGGUUCGGGGACGCUGUUCAAGACCGGCGAGCGGACGCUGCGAGUGCGCUGCCUGGACAGCCUGGACCAGGGCCGCCUCGUGAACCUGGUCAAUGCCAGCUUCGGCAAAAAGCUCCGGGACGACUACUUGGCCUCGUUGCGCCCAAGGCUGCACUCUAUCUACUUCUCUGAGGGGUACAAUGCGGCAGCCAUUCUGACCACGGAGCCGGUACUGGGGGGCACCCCGUAUCUAGACAAGUUUGUGGUGAGCUCCAGCCGCCAGGGCCAAGGCUCCGGCCAGAUGCUGUGGGCGUGCCUGCGGCGGGAUCUGAAGACGCUUUUCUGGCGCUCCCGGGUCACCAACCCCAUCAAUCCCUGGUACUUCAAACACAGCGAUGGCAGCUUCUCCAACAAGCAGUGGAUCUUCUUCUGGUUUGGCCUGGCCGAUAUUCGGGACUCUUAUGAGCUGGUCAACCAUGCCAAGGGGCUACCAGACUCCUUCUGCAAGCCAGCUUCUGACCCAGGCAGCUGA